CCGCGGUAGAGUUGUAACCCGGAAGUACUUGACAGGCACUAAAACAAGAGGUUGUUCUGUUAGCAUUUUUUGUUGUUUCCUGCUAAACACCUCGAGAAGUUGCAAUAGAAUUUUUGACCAGACACCCAACUGGAAAAGAUACAUCUUGUAGCAGCACAAUGGACGGCUGACGUGAUAGCAUUCCAGUUUUUUUGUUUGUUUGUCAAGCCCGUGAGUCGGAUAUUAACUGAAGCUAGUUAGCAUCAGCGUCGCUUUUGAGGCCAAAAAGGCUGCAGUGUUCCUGUUGGUUGUGUUUGUUUUGGAGUCUGACAGACCAUUAUUCGUAGACUCCUGUUAAAUUAUCAACCCUUCUUGCGCAGUGGCUACAUCCAGGGCAUGGUGGUGAACCGUGAAAGCUUCAGGUUCUGUGCUAAAAGUUUAACUUUGAUGGUUUAGCAGUAGGCUAGCUGAAAAGGGAAAGUGCAGCCAUGGACGAUUUUAGCUCGAUUAGCCUGCUGUCUCUUGCGAUGUUGGUGGGAUGUUACGUGGCCGGGACGAUACCUCUUGCUGUCAACUUCUCGGAGGAGAAACUGAAGCUGAUCACCGUGCUGGGAGCAGGGCUGCUUUGUGGAACAGCGCUAGCUGUUAUCAUUCCCGAGGGAGUCCACGCACUUUAUGAAGAGAUCCUUGAAGGCGCUCACCACAGUCACAGUCAAGCCGGGGCGGCCGAAGUGUCKGAGGCCAAAGUGGAAGUGGUGGCGGCUCUGGACGCCACGGGGAAACACGAGCACGGCCACGAGCAGCUGCACGCCUGCAUCGGCGUCUCCCUGGUGCUGGGCUUCGUCUUCAUGCUGCUGGUGGACCAGAUAGGCAGCUCUCACGUUCACAACUCUGAAGAUCCAGAGUCGGGAAGAGUCAACAGCUCGAAAAUCACCACUACUCUGGGACUUGUAGUCCAUGCUGCAGCUGACGGCGUGGCGUUAGGAGCGGCUGCCUCAACRUCUCAGACCAGCGUCCAGCUCAUUGUUUUUGUAGCCAUUAUGCUACAUAAGGUAAAAAAAAAACAUAUACCACUUUUUAAAAUCUGUAUUGUGUAUUUAUUUGUUAUACAUAAGCCUGAGCUCCUGCUCUUCCUGAAACUCCACCUUCAGGAAUUUCAUCACAGCAUCGCUCCUGUAUGA